CUUCACUCUUCAAAAAAAAUUUUAAAAAAAAAGCCCACCUUCUUAUUCUCAUUCUAUUUCUCACAAAAUCAUUUAAAAGCCUAAAAAAAGUAACAUUACCGACAAAAAACCUUCAUCUUCAUUUUUUUGCAACUCAUAUGGAAUUAGCAUCCGGAUCCGGGUCAAAUGACCCGGUUGAACCACCCGGCCCAUCACCACCGCAACCACAACAACCACCUAGCCGAUAUGAGUCACAAAAAAGACGUGAUUGGAACACUUUCUUACAAUAUUUGACCAACCAUAAGCCACCUUUGACGUUAGCUAGAUGUAGUGGGGCACAUGUGAUUGAGUUUUUAAAGUACUUGGAUCAAUUUGGAAAAACUAAGGUACAUGUAAUUGGUUGUCCAUAUUUUGGUCAGCCAAAUCCACCAGCACCAUGUGCUUGUCAACUUAAACAAGCUUGGGGGAGCUUAGAUGCACUUAUUGGUCGCCUUCGAGCCGCCUAUGAAGAGAAUGGUGGGAGGCCCGAGUCGAAUCCUUUUGGUGUUAGAGCAGUUAGGAUGUAUUUGAGAGAAGUUAAAGAAAGUCAAGCUAAAGCUAGAGGUGUCCCUUAUGAAAAGAAGCGAAAAAGACCUGGUGGUGGUGGUCGUGGUGGCGGCGGUGGUGGUUUGGUUGUGACGAAUGUGGUGACAGAUGGUGGUGGUGGGGAUGGUGUUGGUGGAAGUGGUGGAAAUGACUCUGCUUCUGUUUGUAGCAGUGCUCCCACCACUUCCACGGGUUAAUAAGGGUUAGAAAACGUUUUAACGUUUUUUGGCUAGCUGGUUAAAAAAACCAGCUAGAAGAUGCGAAUUGUGUAAUAAAACACGAAGAAACACAAAGGCUGGAUUUAAGCCCGGGACUUUUGUUUUUAUGUUGCAUGUCUUGAUUAACGGGUAAAUUGCCUGCCAUAAUGAUGGGGAUUACUUCUAUUAAUUAGCCAAAUUGAUGCUUAUGAUGAAGAGUAAUUAUUUAUUAUUUUUCUUAAAUAUAUAUUGUAGCUCUUAUAUUUUUAAUAAAAUUUUAUGAAUUCACUUGUUGAGCCUAGAUUCAUAUUUGUUC